CAGAAGAAGAAGAAGGCCUAGCAUAACAACAACACUGCUAGUGACGUUAGCUCGUUGGAAAACGAACUGUAUUUUUUUCUGCUUAAUUGGGACCUAUUAACAGGUACGCUGGAAUUUUCUGAUACCCACUCGGACAUGUCAUAUGUCUUCAUUAACGAUUCUUCGCAGACCAACGUGCCUCUGCUGCAGGCCUGCAUCGAUGGAGACCUGCCCUUCGCCAAGAGGCUGCUGGAGACGGGAUGCGACCCCAACAUCCGGGACAACCGGGGACGCACCGGCCUGCACCUAGCUGCCGCCAGGGGCAACGUGGACAUAUGCCGCCUCCUGCACAAGUUCGGGGCAGACCUGUUGGCUACUGACUAUCAAGGAAAUACAGCUCUCCAUCUGUGUGGUCACGUGGAUACUAUACAGUUCCUGGUGUCCAACGGGCUGAAGAUCGAUAUCUGUAACCACAAUGGCUCGACCCCUCUGGUGCUGGCGAAGAGACGCGGCGUCAACAAGGACGCCAUCCGUCUGCUGGAGGGACUGGAGGAGCAGGAGGUGAAGGGGUUCAACAGAGGAGCGCACUCCAAGCUGGAGACGAUGCAGAUGGCGGACAGCGAGAGUGCGAUGGAGAGCCACUCCUUACUGAACCCCAACCUGCAGAGCAGCGAGGGCGUGCUGUCCAGCUUCAGGACCACCUGGCAGGAGUUUGUGGAGGACCUGGGCUUCUGGCGGGUCCUGUUGCUGCUCGUGGUCAUCGCUCUCCUCUCUCUUGGCAUCGCAUACUACGUCAGCGGGGUCCUGCCUUUCUCCACCAGCCAGCUGGAGCUGGUACACUGAGGCGGGAGGAAGAAGAAGCACGGGGUAGCGAGGAAGAACCACAACAGAAAUCCAGAUUUUUGUUCACAUGCAGCGCAGAUCUAAACAGGGAGACAUCAUAUUGUAUUGUUAGUAAAAACAUUUCUAAAAAAGCAGUGAUCCAAAAGAACAAAACUCGCUUCCUCAAUUUAAAAAUACUUAAAAAUAAGUAACUUUCAAGCAUGAGGUGUUUGACAGAAGGAGCCAAGAAGUGUCUCAUACUAAGAACUUGUGUUAUUUAAACAUUGUGUAACAUAUCCCCUUUAAAAUGAGAUCACGGUUGCUUUUGAAACGGUGUGAGUGAGAUUAUACGUUUUUGUUUUAAUGCAGUUAUGCAAUUACAUUUCCCUUUAUUUCAUUUCUACUGAAUGUUCUGUUACAAGCUGUAUAUUGCCAAUGUUUUGUAUCUUAUUUUUUUCAUCUUUCAUUUGUGUUAUUUAUCAAAUAUCUUCUGUAUUAAUUCUCCCCGCACCCUUGCCCUCUUUCUCAUUUAACAGAUCUCUUAUUCCGACUGAAGUUGUGAUGACUGACAGUCCCUCAUGUUGUGUCGUCUGCUAACGUACAAAUUAGAAACGCACCUUGACUGCGUGCCUUUUGUGAAAGAAAGCUUCGUGUUUCACAAUUAAGACAUUCCCGCCAGAAGCAUGCAGCUUUGUUGCAUUCAAAUCUACCGUGUUGUUGUAAACAUAUAUAGGCACAACGCUCAUGACCUGUUAGGAUAAUGGCAGCAGAUUAUUACCUGUUUUUGUUGUAUAUUCAUUUUACUGUCCUUGUAAAACCAUGUAGAUUUUAUUCGCUGUAGGUUUUUCCACCUGUUGAUUUUACGCAUUUGAAGUCAAUCCUAAUUUAAUGUGGGAAAAAGAAUAAAACGUGUAUGUAUGAUUCUAAUCAACAA